CUUAAUUGUAUCCAAUAGAAGCAAAACAUGAAUCACUUGUCUCUCAUUGUUUUUAAUCUUAUGGUGUUUUUUUGGCUUUUUACCAUAAUACCCUCUGUUGAAGGGAGAAAGUUCCAUAGCCCUUGCAAGAAGCAUCACAAGGGUUCUGGACAUUUUUGUAAUUCUACAACCAUCUUCAACAUCUUGUCUUUUGGUGCUAAAGCUAAUGGAGUUUCUGAUGAUUCCAAGAAACUCAUAGGAGCAUGGAAAGCAGCAUGCAAAGUUCCCGGAGGAGUUCUUCAGAUUCCAUUAAAUCACAACUUUCUAAUAAAACCUAUAACCCUUCAAGGCCCAUGUAUGGGUCACAUUAUUUUUCAGAUAGACGGAACUCUACUAGCACCACCCAAAAUUGGAACAUGGUCAAAGUCAAACUUGUACCAGUGGAUAAAUUUCAAAUGGGUUUACAAUUUGACCAUCCAAGGAAGUGGUACCAUUGAUGGUCAAGGCUGUAAUUGGUGGGAUCCAAUCAAAUCUAAACACAUUUCAGAUAUAAAACCGACUGCUUUGAGAUUUUAUGCAAGCGAAGAUACCAUAGUUCGUGAUAUCACGAUAAGAAAUAGUCCACAAGUUCAUUUGAAAUUCGACAACUCAGAACGAGUCAAGGUCAACAACAUCACUAUUUCGGCACCUAGAAAUAGUCCGAACACUGAUGGCAUUCAUCUUCAGAACACCCGUGAUGUAGAAAUCAUGCAUUCAAAUGUUGGAACUGGGGAUGAUUGUGUUUCCAUACAGACCGGGUGCUCCAAUGUUCACAUCCAUCAUAUAAAUUGUGGUCCCGGCCACGGUAUAAGUUUAGGAGGAUUAGGGAAAGAUAAAAGUACGGCGUGUGUAUCAAACAUUCUUGUAGAGAAUUCUGUCAUUCAAGAUGCUUUGUACGGAGCAAGAAUCAAGACAUGGCAGGGUGGAAAAGGGAUGGUCAAGAAUGUUACAUUUUCAAACAUUGAGGUAGCAAAUGUUAAUUUCCCGAUAGUAAUCAACCAAUACUACUGUGACAAAGUUGUUUGUCAGAACCAGACAAACUCUGUCGCGAUAAAGAGUGUCAGAUUUGAUAGAAUAAUAGGGACUUAUUCGACUCAACCAAUACAUCUAGCAUGUAGUACUGACGUUCCGUGUACUGAUAUUGAUCUUUCUGAUAUCCAAUUAAAACCUUUCGGAGGACUCCUUGGAGGAUCUCAACUUCAACGAGCUUUGUGUUGGAAUUCAUAUGGGAACUCAAAGGGUCCAUUGGUACCAUCUAGCAUCAACUAUUGCUUAAGAAAGGGUGGGGGUGGUGGUAGUGGUUCGGUGCACGAAAUGUCGAGAUCUUAUGAUGAAGUAUGUUAGUUGAGGGACUGUUUUUGUAAAACUGUAAAUGUUGAAGGACCAUUAAUGUAACUCUAAUGCUUGCAUUGACUUUGGGCCUGGGCCGCUUGGUGGGCCAAGAAUUUGCUUAG